GUUGUGUUCGACUCAGUUGGAUAACUGGAAAGACACAACAAUGCAUCGGAACAUUUCUGCACGUUGUGGUGCAGUGUGCUUGGUUUUGCUUUGCUUUGCUCCGGUUCAUCCGUCAGCUCAAAAACAUGCAAAGUGUUGGCAUGACAGAUGCACUCCCGUCUUUCAGUGGACACAGGGCACAAAAAAGUUAUGCGACCAAACAGCAGGAGCUAUUACCCAGAAGUGCGGCCCUGGCUUCUACAGAGAAUGGACGGGGCCCAACAGGGGUCAUUGUGUGGCAUGCAGCUGCAACGGACUUUCCAAAGAGUGUGAGGAGCGAACAGGGAAGUGUGUGAACUGUCAGUCCAACACCGCUGGGGCCCGCUGUGAAAGGUGUAAAGAGGGUUACUAUGGAAACCCAUCCAACAGGACCUGCCGUGUCUGUCCAUGUCCCUUUACAUGGAACAACUUUGCGUUGGCCUGUCUGGACAUCGGCUCAGGUGUGGUUGACUGCUUGUGUAAACGUGGUUACAGUGGAUCCACAUGUGAGAGAUGUGCACAUGGUUACUACGGCAAUCCAUUGGUGCCUGGAAGCAGCUGCAAGCCAUGCAACAGAGGGGAUGGCAUCAACAUUUGUAAUCAUCUUACUGCAGACUGUGACAGUUGCACUUUGUCUUUAUGGGCUGACUUGGAAAAAAUGGACAAUGGUCUGAUUUGGCUGGAGCAGCAGCUGAGGAACAACAGUCUUGUCUUUGGUUCAAACUCACUGCUGAACAACGUGGAGACUAACAUCUCUAAAACCAAGAUUCAGUUUGCGAGCUACGACACUGCUGUGAGACACCUGGAACCAGAGGUUGAACAGCUGGAGGCAGAUGUGAAUGUUGACGGUGACGACUUGAGUGAACUGAUUGACAAGACUCUUCGAUUUGAAUCAGAUCUGGAAAAGGUUUUGCAGAAUGUGAAUCAAACCAAGUUGAAGGCCGAUGAUCUUCUUUCUGAAGCUGAAUCUCUCUUCACAGUCAUACGAGAUUUGAUAAAGCAGCUGUCUGUGGUAAAGCCCAGGGGAUCAAUCACCCUCUCCCUGAACGACAAAGUCAGGAUGGCGGAGGAGGCUCAGCGCAUCGUGCAGGAAAUGAGACAGAGAGGCUGCAGUGCGCAGAGGGAGCAGGAGGAGGCACACAAACCGUUGAACUUUAUCCACGACAACAUGACAAGCCCUGCACUGAGUCGGACGUCAGACUCUCUGAUGGUCUCUGUCCUGUUUCUGAUGGAACUGACUCAGCUGCUGUCAGAGGCAGAGGACAGAGUCAACAGGACGCAGAGCCUGAACCUGAGGAGUCACACUGCUCUACAACGUCUGCAGGUGGAAAGAGAACAGAGCUCACUUCCUCCUGUGACUGAAAUGACCAAAGAUCUGCUGAUAAACAUCAUGGACGUCUUCUUAUUGCUUGAGGAAAUUAAAAAAGAAUUUGAGAACCAUGCAGGUCAACUGGAUGGUGCCAAAAGGGAACUUGUCAAGAAGUUUAAUAACAUCUUCCAAAUUAAGGCCAAAGUGGAAACUGUCAACAAGGCCGAGGAACAAGCAGAGCAGCUUAAAAAAGAUGCAGCAGAACUUCAAAUGCUUCAUAAUGCUAUUAACAGCAAUGAACGGCUCAGAGUUAUGAGUGAUGGAGAUUUUAUCAGCAUCAUAAAGGCCAUACAUGAGACAGAAAUAGCAGCUAAUCAGUCCAGAGAGGCUGCUUAUGGAGCUUUAAAGGAUGUGCAAGAGGCAAGUCUGGACAAGGCCGAAGGACUCAAUAAUAAUUCAAAUAAUUUGCAAACAGAAGUCGACAACUCUCAGGGUGACCUGAAACAGCUUUCCCAUACAGUGAACGCCUGUAGAGACCACGUGAAGAGGCAAAAGGAAAAAAGAAGAUCACUGAGAAUGAGAAUCACAGCCGUCACUGAUGACCUUAAAACAAAUAGAGAUGACACCACACUCCUGAUAGACUCGGCGAAAAAAGCGGCCUCUGCAUCUGCCUCCACAGUCAUUCAUUUAACAGAUAGACUGAGGAACAUCAGCCAGGAGGUAGAAAGAAUAACUCUGAGCAGAGUCAGUGUCAACAUGGACAAUAUGUUCGUCGAUGUAGAACAAUCAUUGAAGAAAUUGAAAAUCAAUCUCCCUGUGUUGAUGAACAACCUCAAACAAGUUGAAGCUCUCAAAAGGAAAGCGCCCCCUAGUGGCAACAUGACAGAAAGCAUCUUGAAAAUCAAGGACGUGAUAAAGGAGACAAGAAACUUUGUUAACAGGCUCUCCAUCGCCACAACCUUCAAUGGAAAAGGCCACAUUGAGCUUCAUCCUCCGAGAAACCUUGAAGACAUAAAACCAUUUACAGCUUUCGACCUGCUUCUCAAUCAUCAUCAAACCAGUCCCUCCAAGCCUGACCACAGACGAAAGCGACAACGACAGAACAAACGAGGAGAUGUCAAUCUCUUUGUUCUCUACUUGGGCAACAAGAACGCCUCUGGAGACUACAUUGGGAUGGCGAUCAGAAACAACGUAUUGAUUUGUGUCUAUAAAUUGGGUGGAGUUGUCCAUGAGGUGGAAACCAAGCACAAAAUAACUUCGACCACCAAUGUGAACGCAUCAGACUUUGACAGGAUUAUCUUCUCCAGAGUUUACCAAGAUGCUGAAGUCAAGAUCAUAAAGAACUUCACAUCACAGAAGCCCAUCAGCCUCGCUCCUUAUCAAAACCUUCCAAACACGAUGAGCAGUGUCCUCAACCUGGACCCAGACAGUGUUGCUUUCUACGUGGGUGGAUAUCCUAACGACUUUACGCCUCCACUGCAGCUGCGUUACUCCAGAUACAGAGGAGCCAUGAAACUCUCCUACAUCAACGAUCAUCCUGUUUGUCUGUUCAACUACAAACAUGCAGUCAACAUGGACACUAGGCAGCCUCAUAUUAAGAUUCCACAAGUGGAGGUGUCAGAUUACUACGAUGGAACAGGUUACCGCAUGGCGUUCAUGAAGGAGUCGGGCAAGAAAAAGAGACAAUUGUUAAGGUUUCACACAAACAGCAGAGAGACAGACGCCUUGUUAUUCUACAUUGGAAAUGAAGAGUCUUUCUUCUGUGUGUUUGUGGAGAGAGGCUCCCUGGUGCUUCAAGGACAACAAGCAGGUCAACAGCUCAGAGCUCAGAGUGCGGAAAAAGUGUCUCUCUUUGACCAACUCUUUACAGUCACUACAGCAGAACGAUUUAUUGUGCACUACGGACGACAGCAAAUCUCCACGGAUCACAUUCAUACAAACUACAUGACUUAUUACAUCGGGGGUUUACCAGCACAGCUCAGGUUGAGGCACAACAUCACAGCUCCACCACUGAGAGGAUGUGUGGAUCACCUGACAGCAGACGGGGAGAUUGUUGAGUACAACAGGACGAUAGGUGUCAGCGAUGGAUGUCCAGUCUCACUACUGAGUGUCCGUGCAGCGACACGGAACUCAGCUCUGUCCAUGGAUUCCCUGACUGUGUGGGACGAGCAGCCUGUCAGAGUCUCUCUGGGCUUCAGAACGGCACACAGACACGCUGCUCUUCUCAGGAGCAGCUCUCAGGGCUCCACCUCUGCCCUGGACCUUCAGCUGUCCCUGGAUGAUGGCUAUGUAAUAUUUAACAGCAGAAAUUAUACACUGAGGUCUGAUGAAAGAUACAGUGAUGGAAAGUGGCACUACUUGUCCGCAGUGAGGAGACCAACAAGGUUGGAGCUCAGCAUCGAUAAUGUGAAUGUGACUCAGGGGCGAUCACACCACAUCAGGCCAGUGGAUCAAAACUCACAAGGAAAGAAAUUCAAAGUCUGCAUUGCUAACCUUUACACCAGGAGGCCUGAGCAGAGCUUUAUACCUGCGGAUCUAAGCUCAUUUUCACACAUGGGAGACAGUGUUCUUGGCCGGUGCAGUCUCCAUAGUUCACCACAUCCUGAGCAUUUACCUGCACCAGUGCUGAAGAAGCACCACAAAUACAAACCUAUUCAGGCUCCUGUGGGCAGUCAGUGUGUACACCGAAGCUCAAAGCUCGGUGAACACCAGCUCUAUGAUGAUCACAGCUGGCUCAGUUACACUCUGCCACAACAGGACCUUAACUACAGGCCUCACUUCUCUCUUGAUAUCAAGACCAAGUCGUCCAAAGGUCUGAUCCUCCAUGUGGCAGGGAGAGGAGUUGUGCCGCUGCUGGCUCUGUACAUGGCCAAUGGCAAGAUCAAGGUGUCACUGGGCCAAGACAGAAUCAUCCAACACAAGCAGAAGAGCAACGACGGGAACUGGCACAGAGUUGAGUUCAGUGUGGAGAAGAGCACCUUUCAUCUGCUGGUUGAUGGAGUCCGUGUGACUGAUGGUCGACUACCGAACAAUGAGGGAUCAUCUUUAGACUUUCACAACCUGGUGUAUCUGGGAAGUGAUCUGAAAGGCAGAACCAUAAAAGGACAAAACAUUCCCAUGAACAGUGUUACCGGCUGUAUAAGGGGUUUCAAAAUGAAUGAUGUCACUGUUGGUGAACUCGAAGGAAGUCAUAAAAUAUUACCCUGCUUCGAUGGGCUCAUGGAGAUGGGGACGUACUUUGGUGGCGGUCACAUCGUCUUGGAUAAUUACUUCAAUGUUGGCUCCCACUUUGUGUUGUCCUUCGAACUGCGUCCUCAACACCUGACAGGUCUUCUUUUCUAUGCUCAAAGUGACAAGGCCAGCUUUAAUGUGUUCUUAUUGGAAAACAAGGUGGUGGUCAGCGUUAAUGAUGGUCACAGAGCUGUCAGUGUCUCUGUGACUCCUCGUGAAAGUCUUUGUGAUGGAAAGUUUCACAUGGUCACAGUCUCCAAACAGCGUGAAGUUGUCAAACUAGCGGUGGACUCCAUGUCUGAGGAGAAAGCUGUGGCCAUUACAUCCACCUCACACGCAACCACACUGGAUUCACUUUCCAUUGGAGGGACAACAAUGUACAGCAGAGUCCCUGUGUCCUCACCAUUUGUGGGCUGCUUACGAAAUGUGAAGAUCAAUGGAAAGCCUGUUGUAUAUAAAGCAGAAUCUAGGGUGUAUGAGCCUGUGAGCAUCGAUCGAUGCCCUAAAGACUAAUGCCAUAAUCAAAGUAAUUAUGGAUCUGACCCCUUAUCAUAAAAGGCAUACAAGCUUUGCCAAAACCCAUUAAGGGGAAAAAAUCGGACAUUUCGAGAAUAAAAAAGUCGCAAUAUUAGGCGACAUGUCAUUUUACAGGGGGACUAUCAGAAGAUAAAUCUGUCACCUGCGUCAGAAUGAAUAAUAUGGAGCAUCUUGUUAGGUUGUACUACAGUAAAGGUUUCACAAAUAACAGAAUACUUAAAAUAUUUUUG